AUGUGGAUUCGGGAGCAUCUUUACUUCAAUGGUUUCAGUAAAAAUUAUUUGAAUUGGAUUUGGCAUGGUGAGGCUGCGGAGAAGGAUAGAUUAAAUUCGAGUGUCAACCAAGAGCCAACUGAUAAUUGUCAUGAUGAUUUUGAAACUGUUAAUUUGUGUGAGGCAGCGUAUGAUAACCAUACAAAAAAUCCAGAAGCAUUUAUGAAGUUUUUGGAGGAAGCAGAGAAGCCACUGUAUAAGGGAUGCAAACGUUACACAAAGUUGAGUGCACUUGUAAAAUUAUACAAUACCAAAGAAAGGCAUGGGAUGAGUGAUGCUCUAUUUUCAGAUCUACUAGCAGAUUUUGGGGACAUGCUGCCAGAUAACCACAAUCUGCCAUCGUCAAUUUAUGAAGCAAAGAAGACGUUGAGUUGUUUGGCUUUGAGUCUUGAAAAGAUUCAUGCUUGUUCCAAUGAUUGCAUCCUUUAUAGGAAACAAUAUAAAGACUGCGUAAGCUGCCCGAAAUGUGGCUUAUCAAGAUGGAAGCUAACCAAGAAAAAUGUUGAGAAGAAAGGUGUUCCUGCGAAAGUGGUUUGGUAUUUCCCUCCCAUACCAAGAUUUAAGCGCAUGUUUAAAUCUUUAGAAACUUCCAGAAAUUUAACAUGGCAUGCAGAUAGCACAAGAGUUGUUGGUCAGUUACGCCAUCCAGUUGAUUCACCGUCAUGGAAAUUGGUGGAUCAUAUGUGGCCCGACUUUGGAAGUGAGGCAAGAAAUAUUCGCCUGGCACUUGCAGCCGAUGGAAUUAAUCCUCACAACAAUCUUAGUAGUCGCUACAGUUGCUGGCCAAUCAUGCUGGCCACAUAUAAUUUGCCUCCAGACAUGUGCAUGAAAAGGAAAUUCAUCAUGCUAACGAUGCUCAUUUCAGGGCCGAAACAGCCUGCAAACGAUAUCGACGUCUACCUUGAGGUUCUGGUUGAUGAUUUGCAGCUCUUGUGGGAAGGAGUUGAUGGAUUUUAUGAUACUUAUCGAAGGGAGGUUUUCACUCUUAAAGCAGUUCUUUUAUGGACCAUCAACGACUUUCCUGCAUAUGGUAACCUUAGUGGAUGUACUACACAUGGUUAUUACGCAUGCCCAAUUUGUGGUGAGGAUACUUAUGCAAAGCACUUACCAAAUGGGAAGAAAAUGUCAUUUGCUGGGCAUAGACGAUUCCUACCACGAUUUCAUCCAUAUCAGAGGCAAAUAAAGGAGUUUAAUGGCAUGGAGGAACUUGGUGAAGCAGGUAGGCCAUUAUCUGGAAUUAAGUUGUUUGACAAGCUUUCAGACAUAACAUGUGAGUUUGGAAAGAAAACAAGUGGAAAAACCAAGGACAAUGUGGCAGCUAGGUUGGACAUGGUUCAGAUGGGAAUUAGGCCUCAAUUGGCUCCUAAAAUUGGUGAGAAAAGAACAUAUCUACCUUCUGCAGCAUGCUCAUUCACAAAAAAUGAGAGAUUACAAGUGGCUGCUGAAAUCGAUAGUUGCAAUGGUGGAAUGACAUCGUCAUUGAGAUGGCUGGCCCAUGGACCACGUGUGCGAGUCUUAAAGUGUGAUAGCUAUGUCAUAAAUGGCAAUUUAUACCAAACAAAAGAGCGGGAUGAUGAGAAAGUUUGUCAAAACAGUGGUGUUUCUCUACUUGCCAACACGAUGCUUGUUUGUAGUGCCAAAGAUAAGAAUCCCGUGUUAGAGAAUGUGACUUUUUAUGGAGUUAUUGAAGAGAUAUGGGAACUAGACUAUCAUCAAUUUCAAGUUCCUCUUUUCAAGUGCGCAUGGGUAUCAAAUGACAAAGGAAUAUAA